CGAAAAAAUGAAAUUAUUGUCAAUUGCCAUCCUACGACUGACCACCACCCACCAACCCACCUCUCAAUCCCUCGACCUUCAAUGUGCACUGCCAACGCAUGGUCUCGCAGCGCCUUAACGCACGCUUUUCGGACAACAAGUCGAAGAUCUCCUUCCGCCCUCACCGUCCCCGAUUUCCUCGUUCCCGCCGCUGCUCGACUGCCAUGUCGUCCUCUGACUACCAGUACAAAUGCCGAUACCAGUACCACCAGGCCUCGUCGCAUAGAUGAUCAUGUUGUAUCGAAUCCUACCUCUACCUUUCGUGGACUCCAUCCAUCCGUUUACGCCGACCAAGCGAGAUCCUUCAUCACUACCCAGAUACCUCUACCAAACCCAUAUGUUCGUGACGACAUACACUCAUGGCUGAAGAAUCUCGACCUCUUCCUCCCGUCCCAUUUGCGAGGCCUCUCGGAUGCCACUCAACAAGAUCAAGAAACCCAUUACAAACUAUCCUCUGUCGAUUUUGCACGGUAUCUGAAUGAAGCACAUGCUUCCAGACAUGACCUGUUGAGCCAUAUAGGAUUGGUCAAUAAGCAGUGGCCGACUGUGGUGUGGAUCGUGAAAAAGCUUAUGGAGGAUGGAGUUCAUACAAGUGAGCCUAGUCUACGACCUGAACCGCUUCCAUUUCUGGAGUCGGAAGACUCAGUGCCGGGCUCGUUGGAUGCGCUCACUGGGGCACCCAUUGUCAUAUCCCAUUCACGUACGGUGGCGACUUCGCUGCAAUGCAGUUUAGAUGAAGCUACAGCAGCCCCUGAUUCAAUUGAUCCCGGACACGUCUCGGUGAAGAAAGCUCUAGGACUGGUCUGGCGCAGCUUAGGCUUCAUGAUUCUUGCAGCGACACAGGAUGGCAAAUCUGGAGAACCCAAGGUUAUGUUGCACGUGCUGGAGAUUAUCGCCUACCUCCACCAUGCAGGUUUAAUCCCUGACUCAAUCUAUACGCAAAGACCUUUCCCAGACAGUCAUGCCAUACAACAGCCGCCCACACUCCAUCUUCUAUCGUCCAAGAUACUUACUGCUCUCUCCGAUGCCUCAUGGAGAGCCCACGAGGCUUCCGCCACACACGCUAAAGAUCGUAAGAACGCAUCCUAUUUUCUCGGACAUGAGAUUCCUGGUUCACGGUAUAAAGUACAAGUCCAAGAAGUCGCGCCGGAACUUUGGCUUGAGUUGGUACUUUGGUCUUGUUUACAUGGCGGCUGGAUACUAGACGGUGCAGUCAUCUUGGAGAAAAUGCACGCAAGAGGUGGGGAUUCUCCAUGGAAGCUCAUCAGCUGGCGGGAGUUAUUGAACGCCGAGCAAGAAGAAUCUGCUCCAGGCUGGCGACUUUUCGGGCAACGAGCCCAAGUGGAAGCAACGAAAGCCCAGGAUCGCGCACGAGCGCAUCAUACAAUCAGCAGUGAAAUAGUCACGGCGUUCAUCGAUGGCCUUGUCAGUUUGGUUCGUGUCGGUGUUGGCGCUCGAGGAACCGAUCCUGAUGAAUUAAUUGACCAUAUCAAGAGCUUGAAACAAAUCUUAGAUACAAACGCCCUUAGCCUAGGGUACGCCAAUUGGGAUACCAUAGUCGUCCGCUUGAUCGAAUCCGGAGGCAUCGUUCCGGAGACGCGUCCAGAGCUUGCGCUCAAACUCGUUGAUCUAGCAUCUCGAUUUGGUUCCGAAGUGGCCUCCGCAAAUGCGCCUCCUCGAACUGCAGGACCUGGUGCUUCACCGCCCUACUUCUUCGAGCCUUCGGCAACGUCCAUCAGCAUCCUUCAUCGUACCAUGCGCUCAUUUGUCAAGCUCGGGGGAAUAUCAGGCGCAAUGACCACACUCAACACUUUGCAAGAGUUCACCGACGCAAACAAGCAGAGGUCUGUAGAACGAUUCUUCGAAUCACUGAGGACAGGCACCCCCGAGAACUCUCAGCUCAGUGCCGAUUCGCCGGUCGAGUUUCCUGCUUUCGAGCCGCAACUCCCGAUCCCUCUCCUAGCUCGGCUGCUUGAUCUUGCCACCGAUGCUAAGCUGUACGAUCUCGGACGUGCAUUCUUGGAUUCCGACGCCUUGGAUGGCCCGUUGAUAAAGCGUGAAAUGUAUGCGCACUGGAACAUGGCCGCGUCCCUUGUCAAAUAUGGUACGCUGUCUGGAGACAACGACCUGGUCAUGGAGAUUGUGAAAAAGACUGGAGCUUGGAGCAGUGCAUCCAAUGCUCAACAGCUUCCACCUCCGCUCGUAAUUGCUUUGAUCUGUUGCCAGAUCCGACUACAGAACUGGGAGUCUGUGAAGGGGAUGCAGGGAUACAUGAGCAAGAAUCCCCAAUAUCAGCCUCGACCUAUAAUCAUCGCCACGUUUGUAGCGGAACUUCUUCGAUUGUCCAACGAUGCACAAUCGAAAGGCAGAGAGAAGGCAUGUGAAGCCUUCGAAUCGUUGCUUUUCGACUGGGAGCACUUCCUCAUGCAUGAAUUGAGAAGUGAAGUAUAUUGCAUGCUCGGCAUUCUUUCUUCAGUGGAUUCGACAUGGAAAGACUUCGCCUCGAAAUUCCUUGCCAUGUCUGCACGCUUGAAAAUCACACUAUCUACGAAGAACUUCAAUGAGGUCCUGCAAGGUGUCUUGGACGGAUAUGGGAGUUUCAAAGGCAUGGAAUUGGCCGAAAAAUGGUGCCACGAUGCACCAAAAGCAUACGAAACAUACAAAAGCCCUGGCGGAGUGCCCACCAUGCCUCGUUUCCGCGCAGGGCCGAGCGAAGAAUACGCACGCCAGCCAGACAACAUCGUGAUCCAGCAAGCCUCUGGCUCCAGGCUCGUCCUCCAGGGACGAGUAUCCGCCAACAGACAGACAGUCUGGGCCAUCAUCCGCAAAGCGCAGCAAGAAUUGGCCGAGCAAGACGCCAACGACGCUGCCCCAACCAGCGAUACGCGCCUGCAGGCCCGCGAGACGCUGCGGUGGGCGGCAAAGAUGCUCUACUACAUGGGCUCCGAGCACGAAGACAUCGUGAGGGACUUCGGUUCCCUCGCCCAGGUGGCGGAACUCGAGGCUCCUCCGCUGCCUCGCAGUAUGAUCGGCAUUUCGGAGGACCCACAAAGUAGUUAGCAUUCCGCUCUAGAUGUACCCAGCCGGCUGCCAGAGUAGGCAGGAAGUUUUCGAGGUUACGUGGGCGCGGAUCCACUGCUCGGCGGAGAGCGCAGUCACCGCCCCGUAUGUAUCCACGUCCCUGGUGCCUAGAUAGAAUCCAAAAGAAAAAAAAUGUAAUUGAC